AUGCGACCCACAACUUUAUCGGUAGCUGUUCGCAGCUUGAGAGUCUCGCGAGUGUCGCGUGCUCUGGCGUACCAGUUCGUACGUUUCAAUGCUACAAAAGUUAAUUUUCAUCGUCCUGACACUGCCGGUUCCGAUGACCCAUCGGCAGCUGCCGAUGCUACUGCCACGGUUCUUGCCGAUAAGAACGAUUCGCAGGACAUUCCAAACAAGGCUACGUGGAUAGAUGCUCUCAGAGAGCGCGAGAAACAAUUGGCCGAGGGAAAGGUGUUGGAUAGCUAUUCGUACGUUACUCCGAAGACUUAUGAUGUUGGAGAAAAAACCCGAAGUGAAUCUUUCACGUACUUGAAUCUUCCUUUCAAAGACGACAAAUGGCUUUGUGACUCGUAUAUCAACGCUUUUGGCCGGUUGAGAGCGGGCCAGCUUUUCCAGGACUUGGAUGCUUUGGCGGGCCGAAUCGCAUACCGUCACUGUGCUCCAGCCGAGCCUGUCAAUGUGACUGCUUCGGUUGAUCGUAUCUACAUGGUGAAAAAAGUGGACGAGAUUGUCAACUACAACUUUAUUCUAGCCGGCUCGGUCACUUGGACCGGACGGUCGUCUAUGGAAAUCUCCGUAAAGGGCUACGCUUUUGAAAACGAGGUUCCUCAAGAUAUCACCGAGCAAACUCUCCCACAAGAAAAUGUGUUUUUGACUGCAAACUUCACGUUUGUGGCCAGAAACCCCAUCACCCACAAAUCUUUUGCAAUCAACCGUCUUUUGCCAGUUUCUGAACAGGAGUGGAUCGACUACAGAAGAGCAGAGUCUCAUAAUGCGAAGAAGAAAAUGGCUGCCAAGGACCAGGGCAUAAUGAGACCCACGGACGAGGAAAACAGACUUAUCUACGACAUGUGGAACUCGUCCAAAGCGCUCGGGUCGUCGUCUAAGACUCGCGAUUUGGUAUUCAUGAAAGACUCUCGAGUCACUUCCACACUCUUCAUGCAACCGCAAUACAGAAACAGGCAUUCCUACAUGAUUUUCGGUGGCUAUUUGCUCAGACAAACGUUUGAAUUGGCCUACUGUGCUGCGGCAGAUUUCAGUUCCGCCGGCCCAAGGUUUGUGUCUUUGGACUCCACCACUUUCAAGAACCCAGUUCCUGUCGGUUCGGUGCUUUCAAUGGCAGCUUCCGUAACCUACACCGAGCACAUUCACGAGGGACCAAGCGAUAUCGAUGCUGAUACUCCGUUCAACUUCAAGUUGCCAGCCACGAAUAAAAUCUCCGAUAAUCCUGAUGCGUUCUUGUCUGAACCAGGAACUUUGAUUCAGGUCAAAGUAGAUACCACCAUCAAAGACUUGAGCAGUGUCAAAGCCAAGGAAGCUGGUUCGUUCAUAUACUCGUUUUUCGUGCCUAAAAACGCUUUGGGCGACAACAACCCAGGAUACUGCCUGGUAAUUCCUCAGACAUAUUCUGAAAUGAUGGAGUAUGUGAGUGGAAGAAGAAGAGCCCAAGAUACUGCCCUCUUUGUCGAUACCUUACCACGGGUCCAUUAA